AUGACCACCGCUUUGCCGGUUCUCAGAAACGAUGCUGGACCCAGCGUUCAUCCAAAUAUCUACCCACGAAACCUCUUAACCGAAUUCGACCUCAAAGACAACCGCUAUCCCUCCCUCACGCCCAAAUCCAGGGGAAACCUCGGUCACAACCCUGCGUCGUUAUCCGCCGAUUUGGCUACAAUGGAGAGACGAUCCAACCACGACGCACAACUAGCCAGGAGGAGCUUCGAUCCCCAGGGUGUACAAGGCAGCCCGCCACGCAAUGCGGAACGACCGCCCUCCCAAGGUCGCGAGGGCACGGCCUCACGGAGAGGCGCCCAGACUCCUGAAACCGCUAAAUCUCAGUCUCAACAACCUCAAGAUUCGUCAAGGUCCUCGCUUUCGUACGCGCUUCCAGAGAACGUGCCACGUCGAGUCGUAGAGCGCUAUAGUUUGGACGGGAACGCCCCUCCUGCUGCCAACGACAAAUCUCAAACACCAACCGAGACGGGUCGGCAGAACGGCCGCGAGUUCUCCGUGGACACGCCAACUCGCUCGAAUACACCUCAACCAGCGAAGCCCAUAGUCAACGCUGAGAUUCCGGCAACCUUAUUUGCCAGCACGCCCAGACACCCUGAUGUAGCCUUGGCUUCUUCUGCUUCUGCAACGACCAAUGGCAACCAGUUUCCACCCAUCAUGCCCCUGUCAGCUUCACCCAACUAUGUGCCUCCAGUAGCAUCAAGAAAUCGAACUUAUCCUCAACAACCUACCUAUAUUAACCCCUCCAACCCACCGAAUCCUGUGGAUGCUGUGUACACACCCAUGCCUCCUCCACAAGAGGAAGUAUGUGUCGAGUGUGCCAUGCGGGACCAAGACAUGGCCGAUGUUGAUGUCACCUCGCCGGGCGUUUGGGACAGGACAAGCGAUGUCCUAUUCGAGGAACUCAAGCAGCGAGAGGAGGAGGAGCGAGCCAAGGGUAUCGUCAACCCCGAUCCCAACCGACCACGAGCAGUAGGGGGGAAACUCACCGAGCAAAACCUCAAGAUCUGGUUAAGCAUUAACCCAAGGGAACCCGCCUCACGACAACAGACCCUCAACACCUAUGUCAAAUCCCAGCGUGCCUUGCUUGAAGCCGAAGCUUUGGCACAUGCCCAGGCAAUGCAAGAGGCCAAGCGGUUGGACAGCAAGAUGCGGGAUGCUUACUCCCAAUUGAGGAGAUCCGCCUACGACCUCGGCAACACUCCAGCACCCACAGACGAUAGCGGCGGCGUUCGUAUCAAGCCACCCCAUUCUCCGACUGGUCAGAAUUACACGCAAAGCCACCUCAGGUCCCAGUCUCGCGAGGUGACGUUACUCGAAAACGGCAUGAUUGUCGAGCAUGUCGACGUCCGCAGAGAGGAAAAGGAAGCCAAGGAACGACGCCGCAAAGAAGAGAAGCGGGCUCGAAAAUCAUCUCGAAGUUCAGUUAUGGACGCGACUUCCGUCAUCUCAGGGCAAAGCAUCGGCCCAUACCCCGACUCCAGUCUCAAGCCCCAUUCAGGUUACUCGCACUCGACUUCAGGACGUCCCAAUAGUGUCUUCACCGGUUCUAAUGAUCGUCCAGACCUUCCUCGAGCUUAUUCACAAGCCUCGUUCUCUGACGUUCAUAGCUUGAAUUCCUCAUCUCCCAAGAGGAAGUUCUUCGGUGUGCGUAAUCUCAGUACGGGUUGGCGAAGUCAGGAUAGCCUUGCUCCGAGUUUUGCACCCUCAGGGAUGUCUGGAAGCAUGGUCGAUAUGCACGUUGCAUUGCAGCGAGAAGAUCGGCGCAAGACCCUUCUUUCUCCCAAUGAUGCCAAUACUUCUCGAAGAAGUACGCUCUGGCACUCAGAUCUUCCUGCGGAUAUCUCAGCGACGGCUGCGGAGGAAAAGGCGAAGAAGAAGAAGAGCGGGUUGAUAAAAUGGUGGAGGAUGGUGACGGGACACAACAAGCCAGAUACCCUCCAAGUCCGCGACUCGUCACUGGAAAAGGAUGACGAUCUUCCACUCGCGCCGCCACCACCGCUGUCUUAUCUCGUGGGCCGCAGCUCUCCCGAUCACAUCAGUCCUCGACACGCCAAUUCAAUUCCUCCACCCCUCGGUUCCCCCAUGUUUGGCCAAUCAGGAUCGAGUGUAUCUCCACCGACUGCCCCGUCUAGUGCACUCCCUUCUCCCACUUCCACCCGGCCAUUGAAUGGGGACCCUGAUGUGACCUUGGCUGGCGAUGACAGUGGCAGCAACAAGAACAAGUCCAAUGAGUGGCGCCUCCACCCGGUCUCGUCGGAACCCAACCUUCGACAAAGCGCUGUCAAUCAGGAACCCAUCCCCCCUGUGCCUAGCCUCCCUAACGGAGGGAAUCAACGGGUAUCAAUGGCGAUCUCGAGAGAGAAAUCCCUUCCUCCCAUCCCGACUGAUGAGGCACCCGCCUUUGCCACCCCCGCUGACAGGCCCCGCACGGUUUAUACCUAUGACCCUCGACCUUUACCACCCGGAACUCGACCGCCUCACGAUUUCCUCCCUCCCUCCGCUCCUUUCCAGAGCGAUUCACGAAGGCAAUCCUUCAGUGGCGUGACGUCUAAGCCCAAUCUACUCAUUCAGACCAUGCCAGUUACCCAAUUUGAUCCUCGACAAUCACGAUACGACGAAUUUGGCGACUCGCGGAAGAGUCUCGCCCGAUUGGACUGGGACUCGGAUGAUACCCAGGGGCGUCGCGCCCUGUCACCUCUCCCCAACUCCACCACCAAACGAAAGAGCAAGUUUGGCUUCUCUUCUUUGUUGGGUGGGAAGAAAUCCAAGGAGCAAGAGGGCUAUUCUGACUAUGCUGCGCAACCGUUCCCCACGCUGGGUGGUGGACGUUACGACGACGGCAGCGCUCCUGGAAGCUUUGAGAAUCAACGAACGAACAGGACGUCCAUUCUAUCACGGAAACCCUUGAAUGAGCUCGUCUCCCAGGACCCCGAAUUUGUGGCAUACCGAUAUCCAUCCACGGAGCAGCGUCUUGAUCUUCUCAGAUGA